UAACACGGGUACUUAUCGUACAGUCCUCGUACAUACAACCUUCCGCAUUACCACGCCUUCGACAGAUGCUCAUCGAAAGCUUCAGCAAUUAUUGGAACAAUUUUUUUUACAAUAAUGAUCCGACCGAAUGACCGGAGAUCUUGAAGAAGCGAAUAGGAAUGUUGCAGUGCGUAAAGAUCUCGAUGAUAGUGCUGGUCUGCAUUUUGAAGGAACUGGCCAGACAAUGGCCGAAAAUCGGAAGGGCUAAAAAUUCUAGAGCUUCUAUCGAUUGUUCAACGUGAGUCGAGCAAGAGAAAUUUCAAUCUUCGCUUGGUACUUGAAUCCAUCAUGAAGUCUUUCAAUCCGAUUGCCAUUAUUUAUUUUUGCAUUGCUCUGUCUUGGUACAUUGUGGUCACGUCAGUUUUGAAAAUGCCUCUUCUGCUUGUUCGAGAAUUACGAGCUUUGAAAUCGCGGCACAAGCAUUACUAUUCGGACACCUUGACGUACAUGCUCUCGUGUUACGUUCCUUGCAUUCAAGCAUUUCGAGAGGUCGUAUCUAUCAGUUGGAUAGCCGUGCCUGCGCCGAAGAUUAUAGUCGAAGAAUUAUUUUUGAAGCAUCCACAGUCGAAUCAACUGCAGACUAUUUCAUCGUGCGGUAGAAAAGUCGUGGCUUGGUCGGAGGAAGUCGACAUCGAGCUCGUUCGGCAAAUUGCUAACAUAACCGGUGCAACUGAAACGGAAAUUCUUUUGACGUCCACCGUGGACACUCUGAAGGAAUUUAAGCAUUCGGGUUUCAGUAUACCAGAUGAUGUGUUUGCAACUGUGAAAUUUGUGAGUCAACGAGCGGUGUUCCUGCGAAAUCACGAAGCCAGGGGUAUCCUCUGUCUCGCCUUACCUAUCGUAGAGACGCCGUUCUUUCACGAUGAUUUCAUUGAAAUGCUGCAGGUGAUUCAACGAAACGUCCAGGAAGUCAGGUCUAGACAGAGUGCGAUUUACGGUAUCACAGCAGAAACGUCCCGCGGAUUGAUUUCAUCCUGCUUGCCAUCAAUCGUUCUGAAAUUACUUUUAAAUCAAUUAUCACGAAGAUAUUCCUUGUGCUUAACUCACGUCGACGGGGAUUUACCAAUAGAAGGCGUAGAUGGAGCGAUUUAUUGGCGACCACCGCAAGGAAACUGCAACAUGUCUAUAACUCUGCACAAGCAUGGAAACAAAAGACAAUAAUCCAACCGCCAGCCAUAAGGAAAGAAAGAUCCCAAGUGCCCGUUACGUCAAAAAGCCAUCCAGCUAAUGGAGGAC